GUUCUCCUGUUCUCGCCGCCAUCCCCAGACGAUGGUGAAUGAUGAACGUGCCACACCAUGAAGCUCUUGUGGCAGGUAACUGUGCACCACCUCCGCCGCCACCGCCGCCACCGCACCUGGCCGGGGCUCCUGGCCGCCUCCCUGACCCUGCACGCGUGGCUCCUGGCCACGGCCGCCGCCUCGCCGGGCCCCCAGAGCUGCCCCUCCGUGUGCUCCUGCAGUAACCAGUUCAGCAAGGUGGUGUGCACCCGCCGCGGCCUGGCCGAGGUGCCCCCCGGCAUCCCCUCCAACACCCGCUAUCUCAACCUCAUGGAGAACAACAUCCAGAUGAUCCAGGCGGACACGUUCCGCCACCUGCACCACCUGGAGGUGCUGCAGCUGGGCAGGAACGCCAUCCGGCAGAUCGAGGUGGGCGCCUUCAACGGGCUGCCCAACCUCAACACGCUGGAGCUCUUCGACAACCGCCUGACCACGGUGCCCACGCAGGCCUUCGAGUACCUGUCCAAGCUGCGGGAGCUGUGGCUGCGCAACAACCCCAUCGAGAGCAUCCCCAGCUACGCCUUCAACCGCGUGCCCUCCCUCAUGCGCCUCGACCUGGGCGAGCUCAAGCGCCUCGAGUACAUCUCCGAGGGCGCCUUCGAGGGCUUGGUCAACCUGCGCUACCUCAACCUGGGCAUGUGCAACCUCAAGGAGAUCCCCAACCUGACGGCGCUGGUGAGGCUGGAGGAGCUGGAGAUGUCGGGCAACAACUUCCCCGAGAUCAAACCGGGCUCCUUCCACGGGCUCAAAUCCCUCAAAAAGCUCUGGAUUAUGAACUCGCAGAUCAACUUGAUCGAGCGCAACGCCUUCGACGACCUGACGGCGCUGGUGGAGCUCAACCUGGCCCACAACAACCUGUCGUCCCUGCCCCACGACCUGUUCGCCCCGCUGCGCUACCUGGUGGAGCUGCACCUGCACCACAACCCCUGGGACUGCGACUGCGACAUCCUCUGGCUGUCGUGGUGGCUGCGCGAGUACAUCCCCACCAACUCCACCUGCUGCGGCCGCUGCCACGCCCCGCUGCACAUGCGGGGCCGCUUCCUGGUGGAGGUGGACCAGACCUCCUUCCAGUGCUCGGCGCCCUUCAUCAUGGACGCGCCCGCGGACCUCAACAUCUCGGAGGGGCGCGUGGCCGAGCUGCGCUGCCGGACGCCCUCCAUGUCCUCGGUGCGGUGGCUGCUGCCCAACGGGACGGUGCUGAGCCACGCCUCGAGCCACCCGCGCCUCUCCGUGCUCAACGACGGCACCCUCAACUUCUCGCACGUGCUGCUGACCGACACCGGCCUCUACACCUGCAUGGUGACCAACGUGGCCGGCAACUCCAACGCCUCGGCCUUCCUCAACGUCAGCACGGCCGAGCUCAACACCUCCAACUACAGCUUCUUCACCACCGUCACGGUGGAGACCACCGAGAUCUCCCCCGAGGACGUGUCCCCCAAGUUCACCAAGCCCGUGCCCACCACAUCGACGGGCUACCAGCCGGCCUACACCACCACCACCACCGUGCUGGUGCAGACCACGCGCCCGCCCAAGCAGGUGGCCGUGCCCACGGCCGACGCCGGCGACAAGCUGCAGACCAGCCUGGACGAGGUGAUGAAGACCACCAAGAUCAUCAUCGGCUGCUUCGUGGCCGUGACGCUGCUGGCCGCCGCCAUGCUCAUCGUCUUCUACAAGCUCCGCAAGCGCCACCAGCAGCGCAGCACCGUCACCGCCGCCCGCACCGUGGAGAUCAUCCAGGUGGACGAGGACAUCGCGCCGGCCACCGCGGCCACGCCCGCGGCCGCCCCGGCCGGCGGGGCUGGGGAGGGGGCCGUGGUGCUGCCCAACAUCCACGAGCACCUCAACUACAACACCUACAAGGCCGGACACGGCGCCCACUGGACAGAGAACGCGCUGGGCAACUCCCUGCACCCCCCCGGGACCACCCUGGCCGACCCCUAUUUAAUCCAGACCCACCCCAAGGAGAAAGUUCAGGAAACCCAGAUAUGACUCUUUUUUGGGGGCUUUUUCCUGCUUUUUUUUGGGUCGUCCUCCCCCCC